AUGCCUGCCCUCCCAGGAACAGAAACCGAUGCAAUCGACCUCAUUGCACGAGACAUGAAGUCCCUUGUUAAAAAAAUACAGGACCUUCGACAUCUAGGAAUCGAGGAUAGUCGCAUUGCUCUACCCAAGAUCUGUGUCAUUGGCGAUCAGAGCACUGGAAAAAGCUCCCUGAUCGAAGGCAUGAGUGAGAUCAAGGUUCCCCGCAGUGCUGGAACAUGUACUCGCUGCCCUAUGGAGAUCAAUCUGUCCGAGGGAGAACCGGGGCAGACUUGGGCCUGCAAAAUCUUUCUGUCUAGAAAGUACUUGUUUGAUGGAUCGCGAAAGAUCACAAAGCUGCCCAAGAAGUCACAGCCCUUGGGCCCAUGGAUCGAACAGGACCAAGAAGAUGAGCACUUUGUCACCGUGACAGAGAGGGAAGACAUACAGGAGGCCAUCAGAUGGGCUCAACUGGCUAUUCUGAACCCCGGCAGAGCCUCGAGCGACUAUAUUCCUGGACAAAAUGCUGGAACAGAUGAGUUUCAUUGUCAAGUGAAGUUUUCUCCCAACGUAGUUCGUCUUGAUAUAACGGCGCCGAACUUCCCAAACCUUUCUUUCUACGAUCUGCCCGGCGUCAUCAGUCAAGCGGAGCAUGAUGAUGAGCGCUAUCUUGUCUCGCUGGUUGAGAACUUGGUGAAGGAAUACAUAUCUCAUGAGAAUUGUAUUGUCCUGCUUGCACUGCCCAUGACGGACGACGCCACCAAUUCGAGCGCAGCACGCAUCAUGCGGGAUGUCCGUGGUGCCAAAGCGAGAACUCUCGGUGUCUUGACAAAGCCUGACCGCAUCCAAACAGGCGAAUCCUACGCACAGUGGGUAGAGAUCCUAGAGGGUGACAAGUUUGCCCUCGGUCAUGGCUACUAUGUCGUCCGCAACAACCCAGAUCCGGCCAUUGAGCAUUCGCAGGCGAGAGAAGAGGAAACAGUUUUCUUCGCAGGUAGCCCUUGGGCCACCGAGCUGGCUGCGUAUCAUGAUCGGUUCGGCACGCGGCGCCUGCAGGCGGCGCUUUCUAAUCUUCUUUUGGAGCAGAUUCAAGGAUGCCUUCCCCGAAUCAUCGAGCAAAUCGACGAAAAAGCCGCUCGCAUCGAUGCUGAGUUGCAGACCCUGCCCGACCCUCCAUCUGCGAACGUUCCAUACAUUCUCUGCGGAAAGUUGAAUCACUUGAAAGACCAGAUUCGUGCCCACAUCGACGGUGGCUCUUCGCAGUACCCCCUCCAGAAAGUUUGGGGCAGCAUUGCCAAAGACUUCAAACUAGCGCUUUUCAACACGCGGCCGACUGUCCAGCUUCUGGCAAACUCCGACCCGAUGAGUUUCCCUAUGGAGCGUGACAAUGCCGACUCUGACUGCGAAAUGACGAUCGUACAGCGAUCGGUCAAACGCAAAACCCCCGGGGACAGACCUACUCCUGCCCCGCAAGACACAAAGCCAAAUCAGCCAUCCGCCCGAAAGCCAACAAAAUAUCAUACAGAGCAUUUCAACAAAUUCGAACGUGCUGCGAGGAUGUUCACGUGGGAGGAGAUUCGAGAGAUCAAUGAAGACUCCUACCGUGCUGGUAUCCCAGACCAAACCGAUCCGAAGGCCAUCGAGAUCAUGAACCAGUUGAGCGUUGAGCAUUGGGAGGAGCCCAUGCAAGUCUUUCUCAACGCCACCCAUCAGUUAGUGAGGGAUAUGUUGAUGAAGCAACUCAAAAAUGUCUUCACUCAAUAUUACCAGACAAGUCUCUAUCGCGAGCUGAAGCGGAUCAUUGAGCAUUACCUCCAGACCCUCCGCAAGGAGCAUUUAAGACAUGCUCAAGAAAACUACAGCAUCGAACACAACAAGCCGUUUACUAUGGCAACUGACACUCUCGAGCUGGCUACGAAUAAGGCCGCCACGUUUCUUCAAGGUCGGCGACAUGAGGCGAGGGCCAGAUGUUACUUGGAUCGUCAGGGCAGGUUGUUACAAGGAGAUCCACGCCGCGAGAACGAGAUCAAGAGAUUAACUGCUGCGGAGCUCGGUCCCGAUCGCUUUGUUCAAGAAGUCAAGAUGAUGGCGACAACCCGUGGUUACUACGAAGUGGCCAGCUCUCGUUUCGUGGAUUCGACCUGUCAAAGCGUCCAUACGAAACUGUUCUCCAAAUGUCGCGAAGAGCUCAUCACUGUCAUUGAGAAGGAGCUGCGAAUUUUCGACGACAACGCCCUUGAGCGCUGCAUGGAAUUGAUGGCUGAAGACCCCGAACGUCAACGCCGCCGGCAGUAUCUUCUCAAAGAGAAGGAGAAGAUCACCAAGGCGCAAGACUGGUUGGUUACGGCAAAGAAGGAAGACGAUGUCGAGGGUCCUCCCGAGACCGAGCCGACCGUCAAAUCUCAGCCCCCCGAGGACUGGCCUAGUCUUGCCAAUUUUGAACCGGUCGUUGGCUAA